AUUAUGAAACAACUAUUUUGUGUGUAAGUUCUGCUGGACUACGUUUAAAUUAGUCACUUAAGAUAAUGGAUGACGACAUCGAUGACUUAUUGGACGAAGUUGAAACGAAGUUUUGUGCGAAUUCGCCUCGAAAAAGUAACAAGGAUACGAGAAAUACGACCUCGAAUACGAGAAAACGGAGCGGAACGAAGAAAUCAUCUGGCUUCGAUGAAGACCUCGAUGCUAUGAUAGAUGAUAUAUGCGACGUACCAGAACCAUUAGAAAAAAUAGAAAUAAAACGAGAAAGAUCAACAUCUCUCAAUUCAAAUCAACAAAUGAAAUGUUUUCCUGUGUAUAUUGGAGGCAGCAAAAUACCACAAGGACUAGGCACCACAAUGUCACAGAGGAGCUGUGAUAAACUACGCUGCACUGACUGUGAUUUUAAAGUUGUAAUGUAUGAUAAUUUUGAAUGGCAUCCAAGCUGUGAUUAUCUUUUCCUAAGGAAUAAUGUACCUGAUUUUAAAAAACUUAGUGCCAAGUUGAAUAAAAAGAAAGGCUAUCGUGCGUAUGCAUGUCAGUGCAAAUGGCGUUCUGUUCGAGAGUUCGUGGAUUUACAAAAAGAGACUGAUUUGAAAUGGGUGUGUGGUAAACACACGGAAUAACCGUCCAUUUGUAACAUUUGUGUCAUGUCGUUCGGCUAGUGGAGAAUUGCAUAGAAUUAUAUAAUUACAAAGAGACACCCAUGUAACAACGUGACUGCGUGGAAGGCUAUAGCUGCCAUCAACACCAAUACUGAGUUUGGAUCAUUCAGUCAGUGUUAACAGUAAUUUUCUUGCCAUACAAUUAUUAAAACCAACCAAAUCUUCCAUACACUG